AUGAUUAUCGAAGACGACAUGGUCCUAGGCUACUUGGUCGAUGAGGUCUGGCUGUGGAGACUGGCGAAGAAAUUCGGUUAUAUCGGCACCCCCAAUCCAGCCUACCUCGCCCUCUAUCAGGAAGAAUGCCAUACAAGACUUAUGCAAUGUCAUGAGAUCCGGGCAACCAUCAAACUUGGGAGGCGGAUCAUCGAGAAGGUGAAGAUACGAGGCCUCAGGAUAUUGCCUGUGUACAUCUCCAAUUCGCAAAUCGGCUUGUGUUGGUCACUCCCAUACUCCAUGCACCCUGAGGGCCGAUCAGCGAAAAAGACCGCGCAGCUCGAAUUCUUCAAACAAGUCAUCUGCGAGGAGGAUGAGCCCAAAUGGUGGGCGUCAACGAAUGGCGAUGUACCACGGGCAAUGCAGGACGUAACUGAGCCACGCGAGGAUUACUGGAGGAUGACGCUCCAGUCCCUUCCAGGAUGGAUCGGGAGUAGUGAAGGAUUCCCGAGGGUUGAGGACGCGCCAGUAACCCGUAACGAGAGAGGAAUAAGGAUCGAGCCUCCUCCGUUCAUUUUCAUCAAAAAGCGGGAUGAGAGUGAUGUCGAGACAGAAAAGCCCUCUUCCCCACCACCGCCGACAGACGACAGCGAGGUAGAUGAUUGUGAUAUGGAGGAUGGGGAGGCAGAGGAUUGA